AUGGCCGGCAGUAAUCAAGAGUACUUCCAGUCCGCCUUAUAUCAGAUCCCUGAGCAUGACCCUGUCAUUCCUGGGGGAACUCCUCAGUGGAGCAACGCGCCCGAUGUAAGCUACAAAGAUCGCGCAGUACCAAGCGUUCCACAACCCGUAGCAUUCCAGCCUACAGAUGAGCAGUUUUUCAUGCAAAAUGCAUAUGGAGAACUGCUCCCCAAUGCGGAUUUUCUGAAGCACCAUUUCUUCAACGAAGGUCGUCUGACCGAAGCCCAGGCUUUGUAUAUCAUCCAACAAGCGACUGCACUCUUGGCUCAAGAACCUAACCUUGUGAACGUAGAGAGUCCUGUGACAAUAUGCGGGGAUAUCCAUGGGCAAUAUUAUGAUUUAAUGAAAUUGCUAGAGAUCGGUGGCACAUUUUCUGAUAAUGCCUAUCUGUUCCUCGGGGAUUAUGUUGAUCGCGGAAAUUUUGGAAUCGAAUGUCUGCUUUAUCUAUAUGCGCUUAAGCUCCAAUACCCGAAGCACAUCACGCUACUACGAGGAAAUCACGAAUGCCGACAUCUAACAGAAUACUUCACUUUCAAACGAGAGUUCUCAGCGCUCGUAGAUAACCGCUUUUUCUGCGUCCACGGGGGUCUUUCGCCACAGUUGGUGACUUUGGACGAUGUGCGCAGGCUUGACCGGUUUCAGGAGCCUGGAUCGAGUGGCUUAUUGUGCGACCUUUUAUGGUCUGAUCCUGUGGUUAACUUUGGAUAUGAACACGAACAUUCACAGCAGGGUCCGCCCCUGCCUCCUGGCACCACGUUCGAGCAUAAUGGGGUGCGAGGGUGUUCAUACUUCUUCACAUAUGAGGCGGCGUGCAAAUUUUUGGAGCGCAAUAACCUGCUGGGGAUUGUGCGUGGGCACGAAGCUCAGGAUGCAGGAUACAUGAUGUACAGAAAGACACCGACAAAGAAGUUUCCUUCCGUCAUCACAGUAUUUUCUGCGCCAAACUACCUGGAUGUGUAUCACAACCGCGGAGCAGUGAUCAAGUACGCAAACAAGAACAUUACGAUCCGUCAGUACAACUCGAGUUCUCAUCCAUACUGGCUUCCAAAUUUCAUGGAUGGAUUUACGUGGAGCCUACCUUUCGUCGGUGCUAAAAUCACAGAGAUGUUACUUGCGAUCUUGGCAACAUGCAGCCCAGAAGAGUUAGAAGACACCGAAGUCUCUAUCCAAGAGGGAGAUGGAUCCAGCAGGGCCGUUACGGACCUUGCCUUGCCGCCUUCCGAAGUUGCAGCACGUAGGCAGGCGAUCAAGAGCAAGAUUCUUGCGGUUGGAAAGAUGCAACGGGUCUUCCAGCUUCUUCGCGAAGAGGCCGAGAACGCGUCAGAAUUGGCUGCAAUCGCAGGAGAAGAGUCCAUCGCUGGUCUAGGCCAUGUCGGGUCGGAUUUACUGACGGCGCAAGGGACACAGAUGAGGCACUACAUUCGCAGUUUUGCCGACGCUCGCCGCUCAGAUCUGCUGAAUGAGCGUCUGCCGACAUUCCAACCUACAGAUUCGGUGACUGACUUCCCUGUAAUACCAGCACCAAGUAUGCGGCGCCGCGGCAGUGGCGACAUUGACGGCGUGAGUAUGGAGGAAUUGAUCCGCCGUGCACUAGAGGAACCCGAUGAAGACGGUCUUCAGGGCGGAACAGUGGAACGAAUUGCUGAGCGUGUCGCGAUUGGGAGGAAAAUAACAGGGAAACCAAUGCCUCUGAAGAGAUUCGAGACUGCGUGA